AAAUUGUCCGAAAAAAAACAACAUGGCCGGCAGACUUUUUGCAACCACUAUGAAGUCUGUAUUACAGUCACGUUCCACCUAUUGCACUAAAGAAAUGGCAGGUCAGAAAUUUGAUAAGUCUCUGCUGGAUAUUUUAGUUUGUCCUCUGUCCAAAGAACCUUUGCGUUAUGACAGCGAACGUCACGAGCUUGUCAACGACAGUCUGAAAGUCGCUUAUUCCAUAAGAAAUGGUAUUCCUAAUAUGGACCCAAGCCGCGCAAGAAAGAUGGAUGUUAAUGAUGAGGAAGAUACACAAUAAAUAAAACUUAUGGCAGUUAUUUAUGUUUAAAGUGAACUGAGACAUAGCACUUUAAUUGAAUUUAAAUCAUUCUGUAAAUAACAUCGUAAACGAUAAAAAAUUUGACCCGUUUUCUCCACGUGACUUUAACCGGCAGCGAAUCUUACCAUAAAAGUCUAAAACAAACUUA